AUGUUCUCAUCCCUGACCUCAUCCUCCGCCAUCUCGAACCUAGGCACGCGGCUCACCUCCCUCCGACGAGCCAUCACCCUAGGCGAUGAAGCCGACGAUCCAGACAACGAAGACUGCUCGCACAUUUCCAACGUGCUGCGCGCCUACUACACGGAGAAAGGACGGCCCUUCCCGAACUGGCUGCCCCCCGAUCCGAAAGCGCCAACACCAGCGCCGGCACGGGUCAUCGCGACGACACAAGUGCAGGCCGGAGGAGCAGCCGGCGGCGGCGGUGGUCCAGCAGCAUCGGCGUAUGGACGCAGCGGAGGCGGCGGAUUGGGAGACUUGUGGGGAGAUUCGGGUUCAACGACGGCGCCGGCCUCGCAGACGGCCAGUCUGCGUCGAGGUCGGUUGACACCCGGCAGUGGUGGAAACAUGGGGGCGCCUCUAGCCGCCACGGCCAGCGCACCGUCGGGGAUGAUUGCAUCACCGCAUAGUCCGUCACCUGGUGCAGGUGUGCCGACCGGGUCAGCGAGACCGCUGCCUAGCCAGCGAGCCGGGUCGUAUCAGACGAUCUCGGGCCCAGUCACAGGUGGAGGGCUAGAGCGAGCGGCGUCGGCCCAAGAAAGACUGCGAGCUAGAUUACAUGGGGGCCGGUCUCCCAGUCCCGGGCAGAAUCCGGGCAGUUCUAGUGGUAGUCGGCCGGGUUCGCCAUAUGUUGGAGGGGGAGCGGAUCCUAGUGCACGAAAACCGGUAGGCAUGCCGGGAAGACGAUAA